CAAACCAUAAUCACCAAAUUCAAAAAGAAAGAAAAAGAAAAAUGGCUUCUAACAAGUCCUCUCCUUCUCGAUCUCAUUCAAGAAUAAAGCGUUUUCUUAUUUGUCUCGUACUAAUGUCCCUACCCUUAUUGUUCUUUGUACUUUCUGAGAAGCAGAAAAGAGUCACCAAAAUGCUUGAGGUGGACCCGAAGCCAAGACCAAGACCCGCUUGGUUUGAUGUCAUAGCAAAAGGUAUAAUCAAUAACAAAAAGAAAAUUAAGGUAGGCCUCGUUAAUAUCGAUGCUAGAGUGGAUGGUAGCAUAUUUGAACAAUUAGAUACACUUGACUCUCAAGUAGAUACUAUAUCUAUAGAUUUUGAUCAUGUUGAUAAGAAUUUGAAAUGGGAGGAUAUUUUUCCCGAAUGGAUCGAUGAAAACGGGAAAUGGGGUCAACCCAAGUGCCCAAAUUUGCCAAUGCCGGCGUUGCAAAAUUAUGGGGAUCUCAAUGUUGUGGUAGCAAAAGUUCCAUGUGGGAUUAGGGAUGUGUUUAGGUUGCAAGUUAACUUGGUGGUGGCUAAUUUGGCUGUGGAGAGUGGGUGGGUGACCAAGAUGGAGAGUGAUCAUAGGAAAGUUCAUGUUGUGUUUGUGGGGUCUUGUGGUCCCAUGGUAGAGAUUUUCAGAUGUGACGACCUUUUGAUGCAUCGACCUGAAUAUUGGGUGUACAGGCCCGAUUUAAGGAGACUCAAGCACCAAACGCUUAUGCCGCUUGGUUCAUGCCAAAUUGCUCCGGGUUAUGCUGAAACAGGUAAAGAGGCAUGGAGGAUAGACGUUGCACUUACGCGCGUUCCAAAGCUGGCCUACGUAACUGUUCUUCACUCUUCAGAAGCUUAUGUUUGUGGUGCAAUAGCACUUGCUCAAAGCAUCCUUGGAACCCAAACCAUGUUUAUAGAAACUGACCUAGUCCUACUAGCGGAUAACUCCAUCGGUCCCCAAUCCACGACGGGUCUAAAAGCCGCAGGGUGGAAGAUCAAACGCAUCCAACGCAUCCUAAGCCCCUUCGCCAAAAAGGGUGCAUACAACCAGUGGAACUACAGCAAGCUACGAAUGUGGCAACUCACAACCUACGACAAAAUCAUCUUCAUAGACUCCGACCUCUUAGUCCUCAGAAGCAUCCACCAUUUAUUCGUGCUCCCUCAGUUAUCAGCCGCACCUAACGAGAAAACGCUGUUCAACUCGGGCUUGAUGGUAAUCGAGCCGUCGCAAUGCAUGUUCCGGAAAAUGAUGAACGUGACUUCCAAGGUGCGUUCUUACAACGGCGGCGACCAAGGCUUUCUCAACGAAAUCUUCACGUGGUGGCACCGUUUGCCGGCCAAGGUGAAUCAGCUCAAGACUUUUCCUAGUAGUGGCCAUGGGAUGCACGAGCUCCCUGAUGACGUGUACGCCGUACACUACCUGGGUCUGAAGCCGUGGAUGUGUUAUAGGGAUUAUGAUUGUAACUGGGACAUGCAGGAUCGCCAUGUUUUCGCGAGUGACUCGGCUCACAGGAGGUGGUGGCAGGUUUAUGAUGCCAUGCCGAAAGAGUUGCAAGCUUAUUGUGGACUCACGGAGAAGAUGAAUGAAAGGAUUGUGAAGUGGAGAAGGAUAGCAAGAAAUGCUAGUUUUUCCGAUGGCCAUUGGAAGAUUAAGGUCCAGGAUCCUAGAAGGGGGAAUUAUUAUUCAGAUUAGAAGAAUACGGUGCUAGCUAGCCGUAUGAGCCUGGGGUCUCCUCGUUGCUACAUAUAUACUCUAUAUAUCAGAAGAUGCAAUCUUCAAUGUGUUACAGAUUAAAUAUUCAAAUAUAAUUGCUACCCGUAUUAGCUGUUGCCAUGACUUACUCUUAUGGAUCGAUCAGACAUCACCAAACCACAAUUAUCCCAUGGAAAUAAGUCAUUUUUUUAUAUUAAA